CGACAUGCAAUGCAAUGCAACAAUAAGCAGGUCACACCCCCUCCCCCCAAAAUAUCUCCGACCGUAAGACACAGUCCAUACUUAAAGUAAACUAUAAUCAAGCACGUUAAUCAAAUAAUUGAAAGACAAUUAUUGAAAUAAAAACAAGACUUCAAACCACCUUCUCCACCUCAAUUUCCCCCCCUCUCCCAAAAAAAACCUUCUGUCUUCGGCGACCAUCCGACAAAAAGGGGCAAAUGGACGGAGAAAACCAGCCACUCUCAUUGGUAUCAGAUCAACCCUUUCUGCCGGGUGAUGGCGACAAGGUCGAUCGGCCCUUCUUUCCCUUUCUUGAAUUCGUUUCUUUUUUGAGUUCAGUUUGGGGCAACUAUCUCUUUUUCUCUUUGUUCAGUUUGUAUCGUUUUACUGUGGAGUUACUCAUAGUAUUCCUAGGAUUUAUCCAAAUGCCGGCAUGCAUAAACAUGAAUGAAAAUGUGGCUUUUAGUCGAGUUAUAAUUGGAAUACUAGUCUGGUGUCCCGUCCCGCCGUCAGGACACGUUGUCCUUCGCCUGCUAGAGUUUAGUCGCUCGAUCUGGUAGUCUAGCCUGAUUUGGUCGAAGGCUGUAUUAGGUAAUCGUCAUGGGGAAAUCAUAGAUUUCUGUCAGUUGUACGGAGUAUACGAUUCGAGAGAGGUUGUUUUUAUCGAAAUAGAUGUGUGUUACUGCACGAACGUCACAGGCGAUAUGCAAAAAUUCAAUCCUCGGAAUGGAAUUUGCUUGGAACUUGUUCGAGAAAUGGAUGUGCAACGGAGAUUAACGAGGAUAUUCCAGUAACUCCGCAAGUAUAUAUUCAUCAUCGCAGAUGCUCUAGACGUCCACUCACUCAUUGUCAAAAUUGCAACAUCACAUUGCGUAAACGACCCGAACAUAUCUAAAUAUAACCCCAUCUCAUCAGGUUAAGGUUAUCUGAUCGACGCCCGAACCGGGAUACUGCAGGGACAUCCUCAUGGAUGAGAUCUGAUGCGAAUUCCCUUACGCAAGCACCAUGCCGUGGAAAAGUUACACGAGUUUCAUUUCCGCCUGAAGAGCACUGAAUGAUCCCUUGCU